CAAUAACCAAAUAAAACUCUCGUGUUUCUUUGUUUUUGUUUUGUUUUGAGGCUUUUAAUCUUUCGAAAGGAUUGAUCAGUUUUGCUCAGUCAGGUUUAUAGAGUCGGUGUUUCCUCUUUUUAAUGAGAGCACCGUGCGCAGUUUCUUCUUGAGAUUACCAAACAUACAUGUAGCUUUCUGUUUCUAAAGAGGAAGAGCUGCCACAGACCAUGUGACACUUUCAUGAUAAAUAAGAACCAGGAAAAGGACUGAAGGGAGUGUAGACUAUUCAACAAAGCAACGAUGCGUCCGACUGAUCAAGGCCUGAUGUUGGGGAGUCUUCUGUUCGUCUCCCUGUGCGUGGGAGCGGCAGCCACGUUUGACAGCCGGCUGGACGUCCACUGGGACCUGUGGAAGAAGACGCACGGAAAGACGUACAAUAGUGAUGUGGAGAAUAUGCACCGCAGGGGAUUGUGGGAGAAGAACCUGAUGCUCAUUACCACGCACAACCUGGAGGCCUCAAUGGGGAUUCACACCUACGAACUGGGCAUGAACUUCAUGGGAGACCUGACACCAGAGGAGAUCCAGCUGUACUUCGCCACGCUCACUCCUCCCACUGACCUCAAGAGGGGGCCAUCUCCUUUUCUGGGGGCCACAGGCGCUGACGCACCAGACAGCAUGGACUGGAGAGAGAAGGGCUGUGUCACCAGUGUCAAGAUGCAGGGUGCUUGUGGCUCCUGCUGGGCCUUCAGUGCUGCCGGGGCCCUGGAGGGUCAGUUAGCCAAGAAAACAGGGAAGCUGGUGGACCUCAGCCCCCAAAACCUGGUGGACUGUUCAAGCAAAUAUGGCAACCACGGCUGCAAUGGUGGCCUCAUGCAUCAAGCCUUCAAGUACGUCAUCGACAACCAGGGCAUCGACUCUGACGCUUCAUACCCCUACACAGGACGCCAACAACAAUGCCGCUACAACUCCAUGAACCGCGCUGCCAACUGCUCCGACUACAACUUCCUGCCUGAGGGGGAUGAGGGGGCUCUGAAACAGGCGCUCGCCACCAUCGGACCCAUUUCAGUGGCCAUCGACGCCAAGCGGCCCAGAUUUGCUUUCUACAGAAGCGGAGUGUAUGAUGACCCGUCCUGCUCUCAGGACGUGAACCAUGGUGUGUUAGCUGUGGGCUACGGCACACUGAAUGGACAAGACUACUGGCUGGUAAAGAACAGCUGGGGAGCUUCUUUUGGAGACCAGGGCUUCAUCCGGAUGGCACGCAACAAGAACGACCAGUGUGGCAUCGCUCGGUACGGCUGUUACCCCAUCAUGUAGCUGCACAGGAAACCAAACUGAAUCCAUUGCAAACUUAAUUUCCCCUUAUAUCUCUUAUGUACAUUUUUCUUAUUAUUUCAAGUUACUUUCUUUUUACUACAUACGCCAAAAAUGGCA